AUGACCCAGUGGCUGGGCAUGUGUUUAGAUGCAUCUGCAUUCAACCCUAUUAUUGGCGUCAGUAUCAACUCAAUCAGUGGGUCAGUCAGGGCGUCAGCAGAAAAGACAACUGAAGUAGCAGGGAGUUCAGGUCAAGAGGCGAUCAGAGGGGAACCAACAACGGGUCCUAUCAAGCCGAUCUUUGGACGUGGCAAGCGAGUUAGCAGUGGAAGAGGCCAUUGGGAGCUGUUUCGUGAGAUUAAAUUUGAGGGCUGUGCACACAGCUGUUAUCUUGCCAUCGCUGCACGUGAUGAUGAGAUCGCUGUGGCUGACAUGUAUGGAAACCGAGUUGUUAUCUUCAGCAUCGAUGGUAAACAGAAAAGUACAAUACAGCUUCAAAAAUGUCCACGUGGAAUUGCAGUUGAACCCAUUCACAAUCGCUUCGUGGUUAUUGAGACUUACGAUCCAAAGGUGAAGGUGUUCAACAGCGACAACUCGCUGGCAUACGAGUUCCCAACGGUGCCAGCAGAUGAGGUCGGUAAGCCCCACUCUCCCAGGACCAGGGGUGUAGCGGUCAAGAAGGAUGGUACAAUCCUUGUUACUUAUGACCAAGGAUGGGUGUAUACUGAACACAAACCUAGUAAUGGUGAGCUUCUACGUACCGUACCAGUAAAACUUUGCCCUGCCCAGCUGGCUGUUGACAACAAGGAUCGAGUUAUAAUCAGUAAUUACGGAGCUAGACCAUUCGUGGCCGUUACUGAUGGUAGUAGUUAUACACUCUUCACAAUCGAACCAACCAUCCUCGGAAAACCAGCAAAGUACUGCCUAGAUGUAUACGCUGAUAGCUCCGGGUGA